AUACACCACCGGGCGCCAUUUUGGCUCCAUGUGAGCUGUCUUCUUGACCAUCAGAAUGAUUCUUCUGCAUGAAGGUGACCGUUCUAGUCAUUAAAAAUCAGUCGAAAUGGCUUCGUUGCGUGUCGCAACGAGGAUGUUCUGUGCUGCGGCCGAAGCAGCAGCAGCUCCGGUCUCAAAAACCCGCUGGGAAAGACUGAAAAACAGCAAAGCAGGUGUGUGGUGCCGCGGCCUGGUCUCUGAUUAUAAAGAGGCAUGUAGGGAGAUGGUGGUUGGUGCCUGGGAGCGGCCGGUCAAAGCCUCAGUAUACAUGACCUUCCUGGGCGGGGCCUGGGCCUGUUUCUACACUAAACCAGACCAGUCGUCCUUUGAGGGAGCCCUGCUGGAGCGCUCCAACCAGCUGGCCCUGCUGUCACCGUGGAUCCGCAGUGCGAACUCUGACGGGCACGUGCAGAGUCUGGUGAAGCUUCGUAACGAGGGCCGACUCCGCCACGCCAGCCUGGGUCUUCUCUCUCUGGUUUACCACUCCAGCUACGAUCCUGACGCCACACUGUACGAAGCCCAGUGCUCCAAUCUGUCAGAGCCCUGGUGGGAGUUCCCCCGGCGGGUGCUGGAUGUGGGCUUCGUUGGCCGCUGGUGGAUCCUGGACUCAAAGAUGCAGGACUAUGACGUGAACACGGAAGAGUUCAAGCACUUGCCGGCUCACAUGCAGGUGACGUUGCCACCCACCGUUCAGGAGGUGGAAAGGAAUGAGAGGCUGCACAAAGAGUCCUGGUUACCACUAAUGGUGGAGGUGGAGGAGGAGGAGGAGAAGGAAACGAAAGUAGUGGACAGAAUGGAGGAGAGGAUCAGUGAAGAGAGCCAAAUGAAACCACUGAAAGAUUAACGGACUCAAGCUGAAGUGCUGUGUGGAGCAGGCAGACAGGCAGGCACGCAGGCACACACACACACACACACACACACACACACACACACACACACACACACAACACACACACACACACACACACACACACACACACACACACACUCUCUGCAUAAAAGACUGAACCACUUAUUCUCAUUCAUCAUGUCAUGCUCACACCUUUGUCUCGUCAAAGUAAAAGCCCUUCAGAAUCCUCAGUUGUAUUUUAUUUAUUCCUGCAUGGUUUUUUUUGGACCACAUGUCAAUAAAUCUGUCAGUUAUCGCCAGGCGUCUUACAGCUGUUUUAUCUCACAACCCCAACAUAUUUAUAAAGACCUUCAUCCUUUUACUAAAAUGCAAACAAAUGCUGGAUAUUAAUAAGUGAUUCCUAUUUUUGCCACAGUUUACUGUACCCACUCUCCUUCAAACUGCCUCGUUGUCUUUUAAUUAAUUUGCAUUUUCUCACAUUCUCGUUACUACAUUUUGCUUAAAUUUCUGCAAGCAUGGAUGUAAAAAUGUGUCACUUCAGUGAUGGAUUCCUAUUUGUAUCAUUGUUGAACGUCUGCAAAGUGAUGGCUCCAGGAAGAGCUCUCUCUACAUAAUUCUGAGCAGUUGUCAAAAUAUGACAUUUGACUGAUGUUUUUUACGUCUCCUGAGUUGUUUUAUGCUUUUACAGCAAAUUGAUUUGUAGAUGCAGUAACAGUAAUAUCAUUAUGUCACAUUGAGUGUGUUAACAUGGACAGUAUUCUGGUUAUGAUCAUUUUUUUUGUAAUAUCCCAGUUAAGUGUUGAUAAAGAACUGUAAAGGUCAUAUCCUGGUUUCAGAAACCUGAUAAACCCUUGAACUGGUUUUGAGACACUCAAAUAUGCAAACUGGCAUUUAAACAUCUCAUCCAACUGUCAUGUUUGGAGGUUCUUCCUCAGCUCGACUUCGGGAAUAAACUAAAGAUAUGACCAUAAACAAUGUGAUGAUGAAGUGAACCUGUGCAGUGUUGCAGAUCAGGGUUUUCAAAGUCUGAGACUUCCCCGUCUUAGCUUAUUUGCUUUGUUUCCUGGAUGCCUACGGGUUCAUGAUUGUUAUUUGAUCCCACAGACACUCUGAGCCGAGAUAGUCCAAUACUGCAGUUUGACUUGACUCGAGACUAAACCAAAUACAUAAAAAAGGUGUGUCCUGAGGCCAUUAUUAUUUUCUGACUGUAGGGAAAAACAGUAAAAUUCCCCAAAACGACUGUAUCUCUGAAGUAUCUCUUCAACCAAAUCACACGCGUUCAGGCUAAUUUACGUGAUCUCAUUUUGAUAACUUGUAAUAUUUUUUUUCCCCUUCCAUUCACCGAGCCUCCACUGAAACUGUUUGGAGCCCCCCUGGUGAGGCCCGCCUCCCACUUUGAAAACCUCUGUGGUAGAUGAUGGAUUUUGUCACUCCUGUCUUCGGUUACUGCUGAUCAGAUGUUGAAGUGAAAUCAAACAGAGUGGUAAAUGAACUGGACUGCUCCGGCAACUCACUCUGAUGAGAAAUCAACCCCACCUUGGAGCUACACACAAAUAUGUAUACCAAAUAGAUUUAAUUCAUUUACUUAUAAACUUUGUCCAAUGAGGCCAUUAGGGAUAAAAACUGCAGAACAUUGCAUAAUAAGAUAUAAAAACUUGGUGAGUCCCUCUGCUAGAAUCCUGCACCAUUUAUUAAGGGAUAUCAUCAGACGUUCAUCCCUUCACGGCCACAGUUCACCAUCUUCUAACAACAGCUCCUUCCAGCAGGAUAAUGCUCCAUGUCACAAAGUGGUUUCAAAGUGGGUUCCCCCCCCCCCUCCAGUCUCCAGACCUGAAUCCAGAAGAACACCUCUGGGAUGUGGUAGAAAAGGGGAUUGGCAGCUUGAAUGUGCAGCUGAUGAAUCUGCAGGAAUGAUGUGAUGCAUCCUGUCAACAUGGAGCAGAGGCUCAGAGGAAAGUUUCAACAUCUGGUGGAAUCAAUGACAUGAAGAACUGAGGCUGCUGAGCAAAGGGAGGAAGUACCCAGUGUUAGUAUGGUGUUCCUAAUAAAGUGCUCAUUGAGUUUAUUUAAUAAGA